GUGGUCUCUGUUCCGCUCCUCACAGUCGGGUGGAGUCUACAUCCCGUCGCAUCUCCGCACUGAAGGACGGCAGUAUUUUCAUUAGUUUUUCAUUCAGUAUUUGUUGGCGCCGAGCCUUUGAGAUAUCCUGCAGAGAUGACGACGACCACCACCUUCCAGGGAAUGGACCCCGGCUCCAAAAGCAGUUCCAGGGUACUGAGGCCGCCCGGUGGAGAAACGAGCUUCUCUUUUGGAUCGGAAGAAAACACAACCCCACGGAAGAACAAGAUGGCUUCCAAUAUUUUUGCUGAACCUGACGAUCCGCAUGCCCAUCGAAGAAACAAUCCACCCACUGGGUCGGCCACAGGGACUCUGUGUGGGGAGCCCUCUGCUCCACUGAGACGGUGCCAACAGCCAAUCCUCUUCCCGAAGAACCCCGAGCCUGAGCUGACCACCAUUCACAACUCUGGUGCUGCUCUAGUGUGGAGCCAGAAAAGACAGGAAAAUGGCCAAGAGGAAAAUAAUGGCUGUCCUGAUGAACUUGAGGGGGAGCAGGAGGAGCAUGAGCCAAACCAACAAAAGGAGUCGCCACAGCCGUCCGCUCCAUCGGGAGGAGCCAAUGCCGGGGGCAGAAGAAACCCACCUGGGGGCAAGUCCAGCCUCAUCCUGGGAUAAGACCCCUCCUUUUCAUUCAAAUGCUUUUUUAUUUUUUAAAGAUAUCACCCACCUCUCUGUCCCUCUCAUCACCUUUCCCCCCCUCCACUUGUGCGACCUUUUGUUUUAAAUCUUUUUUCUAUUAAAAUAUGAAAAAAAACUGUUGAAAAAGGCACUUUAUGUAUUUUCUGUCCUGUUACAUUCAGCCCAUCCUGUAGUGCAUCACGCCUGCUGGAAAAGGCAUGCUUGUCUCGCGUUUCUCCCUUAUUGUAAAUGGUAAAAGAUACAAAAAUACUAAAAAGAUUUGAUGCGUGAAUUUCUAAAUACAAUAAAGAUUGAUAUGAAA